AUGAGAAACCCACGAUUUGCACUUUUUACAUUAUUUUUUUGCAUUUUUGGCACAAGCAUAUUAUUAGUAGCGUCGCAGCGAUCCACUCCGGUUGAUAACGACAAAAUUGAGGAUUAUUACUCAUACGGUGAGCCUGACGAUAUUGAUGACGACGAUUUUGACAAUCUUUUCUUCACUGAUAUUACUUUCAACUAUACUACCUUUACCUUUCUAAGCACAUCUCAGCAUACCACUUCCCCUCUUGCCAUAAAUAUCCUCACACAAUUAAUGCGAGAUGGUCACAUAACUGAUGCAGUGCUACCUUGGAACACUGGCAGACCACUUGUACUUAGACUGAAUCGAACGACUACGGGACAAAAUGCUGGUAGAAUUAUCGGCGUUCAAGUCGUAUAA